GAAACCGGCCGGCCGCCGUUGAUUUUGGUAUGAGAAUCAGUUGUUGUUCAGCCGUUCAAUUGGCGCGUUAUCAACGACGGGCGCUCGCUUAUAAAGUGUUUCAGCCAUCAGCAAGAGUCCGUUCAGAAGCGCUUGGUGCGGAGACUCUACUUCACCGAUCCCAUCGUCUCUUAACCAGACUCCGUGCCCCACGUUGGACUAGUGCUGGUUUUUUCGAAAUUCGGCCAAAAUGUCGACGGGAAAACGAAUUGCGAAACGAUCGAUCAUCGGGACACGCGUGUGUGCGCCCGGAGAGGACGGCAAGUACUAUUCGGGAGUGAUCCAGGCGGUGAAAACUCCGGCCUCAGUGGAAAACAACAGUAAUUGCAUCAACUUGACGCCGAACACGCGCUACACGGUGCGGUUCGAUUCGCGUCAAGGCACCCUCGGACGCACCAGUGCCGAAUUCUUCGAAUCCGAUCUGAUCGGCCCCGGCUUCCAAUCGGUUCUGGGCACUGAGCUCGUGCAGCAUCAGAAAUGUUUCGUCACGUUCAACGGCCGGGAAAUCAGCGGCGAGGUCAUGAAGCAUCAUCUGGAAACCGAUGAAGUCAUCAUCAGGAUCCAUCCGAUCGGCACCGAUCCUUUUCCGUGUUCGGAACCUCGCCUGGGAGCAGUAGUAGUAGUUCGGGAUCGUUCCGAUCCACCCCAUCGCCUCCACCCAGCACCUCCCCCAUUUACUCAUUUAGCUCCGGAUCUGAUGAGGGAAUCGGCAUGGACUAUCUUCUGGAAGAUCAGCCGCGCAAGAAAAAGAAUAUAACUCGAGUGGUGUUCCAAUGCACGUUCAGAGGCUGCACCAAGUCAUCAAACACCUGCGAAGACAUCGAGAGCCACGUUCGAUUAGAGCACAAUGUAUCUCCCAGAGAAGAGGAGUUCUACUAUACAGAGAUCGAGCUGGGGUUAACCAGCCCACCGCCCACACUGUCGCACCGCGACAUGGCGCGCCCACCCCAUGAGGACCCGGACUAUCAGCGCCAACUAGUGGGCACCAUGCGCCAAAGCCUGCUGUCCGGCCCCCCCACCAUACCGCAAAGCCCCCACAAGUUGCUGAAGCUAUCGCCCCGCCCACACAGCCCCAAGAUGCCGAUUUCGCCCCGGCGCGUCCGCGGGGAGAACAAAAAGUGCCGAAAAGUCUACGGAAUGGACCAUCGAGAGCAAUGGUGCACUCAGUGCAAAUGGAAGAAGGCCUGCUCACGUUUUGGAGACUGAUCUGCGUUCGGACGACGUCCGCACGUGGACUCCCACUGACACUAGCGCCCACCUGGGUGGGAGCGCGUGUUCUUUACCAUUUUAUUAUAAACAGGGCUUAAGCGGUCGUUGCAGCCCUCGAUCUCAAUCCGACUAAAGUACAAGAGGCUUGUCUGACGUCGGUUGCCUCAGCUUUGUCCGAAACGUCGCAAACUGGAGCUAGAGUCUAGUCGGCCGCGAUAAUUCUGUGUUAUAGCGGUAGACAGUUCUUCCCCAAUCCUCCCAACUACAGCUUCUCCCCGAACAGACUCCAUUGCCAUUUUAUUGUACAUAACCAAGCGAAGAAUCGGGCUCAGCACAUUUCCAGAAACAUAUCCCCAAGACCCCAGAACAGUCCAAAGUCCAAGAUCUGGCAUUAAAGCCGGUUAAAAACACCUGCCGCUUGAUGGCGCGAAAUCCCGCUCGAAGGACCAAAAAUUCUACUUGAGCCUGCCAGACGCUGCCAUAGCAGAUUAAUGCGACAUGAAUAGAAGACUUUGACUAGCCGAAAGCGCAGUUCUGAUCUUCCUGAGCUGGCCUGGACUGGACGAUUUAUUCCCACUUUCAACUCGGAGCAAUCGUUUUUCAAUUCGUAAUUUAAGCCUCUUUCCACGUGGUUGUUCGUUCGUAUAACUCGUGUUUUGUCGUAGUUAUUGUUGCCUGGUAGAUGAGAUUACUAGAGAGUGGGUCGAGUCGACAUCAAGUGCCGGCGGGCGUUCUUUGAGGUGUUGGAGCGACUACAUUUUUGCCUUUUACUCAAUAUCAAUCGUCUCCAAGCCAUCCCAAAGGACGCCCCUUGGGUUUUCGAUGGUUCUUUAUGCAGGCUGUUCCACCGUUCAAGGGACGAAGCAGGUUUCUCAGUGUAGUUGCAUUUUUUUGGUUGAAACCUCGCAAAAUUUUAAUCACGUUUUAUUGGAGAGAAUAAUGGUAAUUUGAACUGCAACUCAACUCAAACCGACAUACGAUACACUGAAAAACUGUUCGCUUUUGACUACUAACUACUCACACAGGAAAAAAUACUCUUCGUUUAUUUGGCGGACAAUCCUGCAAAAUACCGGGUGUUUUCGGAAAAUUGCCACAUUCCUCAAGAGUGCGUUGCUCAAUUGCUUCUUGGGACUUGAAACAUGGUGGAACAUCCUUGUAAUGAACGAGCACAGAUCAGAAAAGCGUGCCUCAGUUGAAUGUAAAAAAGACUUGUAUUUAGGACGAUCUCAAAAAAGAUAUACAUUGUGAACGUUGCGCUACAUUACCUUAAACACUCAAACGGGAGUCGAAACUCAGUUUUAGAAUGUAUUAAAGCCAUAUUUAGAGCGCCCUUUUCUCUCUGUAGGUUGUGCUAAGCUCGGACAGCGAUUAAAAAAAAAACGCACCCAAAAGGGUUCCGAGCGUGUUAGCGAACUGCCAUUUUUUAAGUAACAGUUAUUAUGGCUUUUGGUGUUUGUGAAAUUCCAGUAAUUUUAACGUGUAAGAACUGGGCUGGCAGCCACCCCCCAGUUGCAGUUUUAAUUGUUAUUAAAUUUUCACGUAUAUUUAUAAGAUUUUUCUUUAGAACAUUGUUGAAUUUCUCUAGUUUUUUGCGUUGUUACACUGUAAAUUUCCGUAUGACAAUCUUGCUCUCGAUAUAUUGUUCACCAUAGUUCGUAACUCGUCAAACUAGUUGAUGCGAGAUUUUCAUUUAUUGUACGAACAGGGCGAUUCAAACGUUGCAAAGGUAUUUUUAAUCGCCCUGUAUUGCCAGAAGAAGGUUUCAUGUCUAGUCCGCAUACAAAUCAAAAAAAGCCCCUUUCCUGCCUUCUACAUAUUCAAUGGCACGACGAAUGAUAUUAGUAGAAGUUUCGAGGAAAAUUGUUCAGUAGGUUACCAAUAUCACAAUUUGUACGUCAAAGACUUGAUUUGAAGAUUGUAUAUUAUAUAGGAUAGUAUUUUUUUAUUCAGAGUGUGAGCAAUAUAUUUUUCUUGGAGGAAAAACACUAGAAUGAACAAGAGUAUAAAUACCAAAAUACACACACACACACACGUUUCUUUAUUUAGAUAAUUUAUUUUUCAGAGUAUUCAUAUACAUACAUACCUUAUGUAUUCUAACGUUAAUUUAUUGUUAAGUUUUUGCAUUAUGUCGGUAGAGUUAAGGAUAGAGACCAUAUUUUAAACAAAUCAUUUCUAUAUUAAGUAUACAGUUUAUUUACGUCGUACGACUUCCUAUGUUUUAAGCCUACUGUAAGUGUGUAUAAUCAGAUUUAAGUAUAUCAUCGUAAAGCGAACUUUUUGAUUAAAAUUUAUUAAUAAAGCGUAUCUAUUAUC